CUGAGAGUUUAGAUAUAUGGAUGUCAAAUAGGAAAGAUAAACAUGCGUGUGGGAUUAUAUCAGAAGUUCGUAAAGAUCUUCCCUUGAUUGCAGAAUUCUUAAUGGAUUAAAGAAAGUACUAUGGAUAAUUCUGGAGGAUCUUGAUACUGCAAUUGCUGACUUAUAAAGUUAGAACAAUACAUUGAUUGGGCACUAACUGACAUCAUAAUAUGUAUGUAUAUCAGAAUAAGGUGUAGACAAUGGCUCUGUAUAACUACAGUGCCUCAUUACCCAGGGAGGCCUAUGUCAAUGAUCCAGAAGGUCUGGAACAAGCCUUAAAUGACAGGAAAGCACAUGGGAAAGAUCACUACACACUUGCCAGAGGGCUACAACUUGUAGCAGAAAAAGGGUAUUUAGAGUGUGUCCUUGUGUUCCUCAGGGCAGGUGCUCUGCCCGAUGCUCAUGACAGGAGUGGACAAACACCACUGAUUCUAGCAUCCAUGCAAGGCUAUGCUGAUAUUGUGGAGAUCCUAAUUCGCAAGGGAUGUAAUGUCAAUAAAAUGUGCCACAGAACACGCGCCACUGCCCUACAUUGGGCAUCUGCAAAUGGCCACCUGGAGUGUGCUGAGCUCCUAUUGGAUGCUGGAGCCAACCGAGAAGCCAAAACAACCAAUGGGAGAACACCUCUUAUGAUGGCAUCACGUAAUGACCAUGAUCUAAUCCUAGAAAUGCUUAUAAAAAACAACUGUGAUGUCAAUGUGUUAGAUGUUGAAUCUAACUCUGCUCUGCACCUUGCUGCCAUUGAUGGUGCCUAUGAUACUACCAAUCUAUUGAUUAAACAUGGAUGUAAAGUUGACCAGCCUAAUCAUUACGGAGAUACCCCAUUUUUGUUGGCAGCUAGAGGCGGGCAUAUUCAGGUGGUAAAGCGUCUGCUCCGUGCAGGAUGUGACAUUAACAGACGUGGAAGGUAUACCUUGAAUGCCUUACAUUGGGCGUGUGACAAAGGAGCCACAGAGGUAGCUAGCCUACUCCUUAGUAACAUGAUUUCCCCGAACUGUGAAACCAAGGAUGAAAUCUAUAGUGGAGACAUAGCCAUGGAACGUGGAAUGACACCUACAAUGUUAGCCUGUCAAAAAGGACACCAUAAAAUCUUAAAGCUUUUGAUUGAAGUUAAUGCUAAUAUACACACCUGUCAGAAUGGACACUUUUCUGCAUUACAUUUUGCUUGUAAACAUGGUCAUACGGAAUGUGUGCGUAUACUCCUAAACAAGGGAGUCAUACCUGAACCCCUUGGAGCAAGAUAUGAUUCAAACCCUGGGAUUAUAAUAUAUGAACCAACACCUUUGUUUAUUGCUGUAAAGUAUAACCAUCCUGAGGUGCUGGGGUUGAUCCUCCAAACAGGGGUCAAUCCUGAUAUCUACUGCUAUCACGACAGAACAGGCAAAGCCAUGAGUGCAUUAUAUCUAGCCUCCUCACAGGGUCGUGUGAAUGCAAUCCUGAAGCUCGUAAAAGCAGGUGCUGAUAUCACAGUUCUCUUAAAAGACUCCUCGAUAUCAAGUAGUUUGUUACAGGAUGCGGAAUUCACUUCGUGGCUAGAAGAAUGGAGGCACAGUCCUAUGUCAUUGAAGUUUCAGAGUAGAGUUCAAAUUCGAAGAACUCUGGGGUAUUUUCCCAACAAUAAAAUUGAAAUGUUUCCACUUCCAGACUCUAUGAAGAAGUAUCUACAAUUGGCGGAACUCACAGAAGAUUAGAUAAUGUUUGUGUUUAUAGAACUGAAGAUUCAGAAAGACUAUAUGCAAAUAAAUAUUGGUGCAUGGUUAAGUUUCUUUCUGUAUAUUUUACAAACAUGAGACAAAAAAUUAAUUUAAAGAAUGUAUGGAUAAAAAAGUCUUGGGGGUCAGAAAAAAGAAUACCUUAUUUCUAAAUGUGAACAGUAAAUGCGGAAGAUAUUCUAUAUGUUGAGAUAUACUAUUUAUUAGCUUGGACACUUAACAUAACAUGAAUCGAUGCUACAAACCCCA